GAGGGCGCCGGGCUGCUGGCGGCGAAUUUAAAGAGUCUGUGUUGGAGGGCUGCAGUCAGCGUUGGCAGUUGUGAGCUGUGUGUGUAGGUUCAUAUUUAUUACUCGUGUUGGUCAGGACCGCAGGAGAUGUCCAGCGACAGCAUGCCACUGCGGAAUGUGCCCGGCCUUGGUCUUCAGGGCUCCAUGUUGUCUCAGCCCAAGAAAAGCAGCAAAAGCAGGUCCAGAGGCGUCCUCAGCCAGGGCCUGGACACUGAGAGCACCCCUACAGACCUCAUCCUGCACCUGUCACCUCCACCACACAAGCACCAGCGGCUCAUCAGCAAGGGGAAGGAGAACGACAGCAACCAGUUUGUCCUCGGCAGGAGAUCGCGGAGGAGGAAAGAAUCCCUAUCAGGCAUCUCAUGGGACCACCUACCAGACGAGCUCCUCCUCAGGAUCUUCUUCUGCCUCCCUCUGCACGACCUGGUCAGAAUAUCUGCAGUUUGCAAGCGCUGGCAGCGUUUGGCGUUUGAUGAGUCUCUGUGGCACAGCGUGGAUCUGGAGGGGUUGACCCACACAGGUCUGGCUCUGCAGCAGGUGCUGAGGACUGGCAUCUGCAGACUGCGCUGCCCUCGCUCCUUUGUGGAAGAGCUGCACUUAACAGGCACAGGCCCACUGCAGGUAGUUGAGAUGGAUCUGUCGAGCUCCAUCAUACCCACCUUGGCUCUGGAGGACAUCAUCUGUCGCUGCACGCUGCUAGAAUGUCUGAGCCUGGAGGGUCUGCAGCUCUCAGACACCAUCAUCAGCUCUCUGGCCGAGAACCCCAACCUGCUGCAGCUUAACCUGAGCGGCUGCUCCGCCUUCUCCGCCCCCGCCCUCGCUGGAAUGCUCAAAGCCUGUUCCCGUAUAGAUCAGCUGAACUUAUCAUGGUGCAGCUUUGACAAUAAUCAUGUGAAGAGUGUUGUUAAUAAUCUGAGCUCCAGUGUUACACAUGUCAACCUCAGCGGUUACAGAGAGAGCCUCAUGCUAGAUGAUGUGAAGGUGCUGGUGGAGCGAUGCCCCCAGAUUACGACGCUAGAUUUGAGUGACAGCACUCUGCUGAUGGCUGACUGCUUACCUGUCCUCAAACAGCUCAAACAUCUGCUGCAUCUGUCCCUGAGUCGCUGUUAUCACAUUCACCUUGCUGCUCUCACUGACCUGGAUAAGAUGUUCCCCAUGUUGUGCCAGCUGGAUGUGUUUGGACUGGUGCAGGACAGCCAGCUGCCCUCUAUGAAGAAGGAGAUGCCUCAUGUGAGCAUCAACUCCAGACCUUUCUCCACCAUCGCCCGGCCCACACCGGCUAGCAGGCCCGCUGGCUCCACCAGUGACCGCAUCAUGUGGAACAAGAAGUGUCGACUGCGGUUUGUGCUGUAACGAGCAUGGCUCCUUGUUUCUUUAGCACAGUUAGUUUGUAAUGCAGAGACGUUGGUCCUGCAGCAUUCCAGUGCAUUCAGGUCUGACCUGGUAUGCUCUGUUGCAGCUGUGUUUCAGUGUUCGCUGCUAAAGAAAUGCUUUUAGUCUCGCUUGCAUAACUGUACAACUGUUAAAUCCAGAGCAUGCAAGCUUGUAAAGAAAUGUCAUUUUAGAAAAGUCAAGUUUGUUAAUGGAAACCUUUUUUAAAAAAAAAAAUCGUUUUAAGUUCUAAUGUGUUUAUUUUUUACAAUUUUUGUGAGAAGCGUGGUUGAAAAGGUGCUGAUCAAUUGAUGUUUCUAAAUAAGGAUGAACAGAUUAUAUUUGCCAAACAUCAGUUUCUGCCAUUAUAUGUUGACAUUCAGAUUUUAAUAAUUGUUUUAAUGGUAAAUGAUGGCUUUGGAUCUUCCUGUAUCGCCACGUCGUUGCUAAAGAGAUGCUACUUUUGUGCCCUUCCAUAUAAUGUGUUGCUCGCAGUGAUCCAAGCAGCUGAAUAGUGUGGAUGUGGUUACCAAUGUAAAAGGUUCUAAGUAGUGUUCAUUACUUAUAUACAACUAGACAUUCAUUAUGUUGGUGUGCAUCUUCAGUGCUCCGUGUUACUGCUUUAUUCAGCGUGAACUUUAGAGGAACAUGUGUUUUAACGUGUGAACUGUUCGUUACAGAUAAACCACUUCAAACUAACAGCUCCUUGACAAAGUUAAGGAAACGUACAGUUUGGUGUGCAGGUUAAUGUAAUUUUGCCUCUGCACCAACCCAAUGAAUUUAAACCCAAUAAAGAUGUG